GCACUUUGAAAGUGUUCCGGUGGUAUCCGCUAGGGGGCGGUGACGGGUGCACUCGUGUCCCGGCAGCAUUAGAGAGGAAGCAGGCGGAGUUCCGCACGCUUUAUGAGGCUUUUUAGCUGUUUCGGGAAUAAAAAGUAGAACUUUUCCGACAUCAUGAACGGAUCCGCACACAGCGCGGCAAGCGUUACAGAUAUUACACUGAAAAGAGGCCCGGCUGGUCUGGGGUUUAAUAUAGUCGGUGGAGUGGACCAGCAGUAUAUAAUGAAUGACAGCGGAAUCUAUGUGGCAAAAAUCAAAGAAAACGGAGCAGCCGCGCUGGACGGACGUCUGCAGGAGGGAGAUAAAGUUAUUGCGAUAAAUGGCCAGAAGUUGGACAAUCUGUCUCACGGUGCAGCAGUGGAGCUGUUUCGGUCUGCAGGCGAGGAUGUGUAUCUUCGCGUACAGCAGCGACCAACUCUUCAGAACGGCCCCACAAGCUCUCGUACCGAUGGAGAAUCUUCAUCUGCUUUCGGUACAUGGACAUUGUAUACUGUAGUCGCCCUGGCAGUAGUAACGGCAGGUUUCAUCGCUUUCAAACGCCUUCAGCUGAACCACCGGGGGCCCCGGGGCCCGUUUUAACCCAUCACAUUUUAUAGACUAAAGCUUUUUUUUUUUUUUUUUUUUUUUUCGCCCAAACAUAACCGGGGAGUGAAAAUGGAAACCCAGUUAAUGGAAGCAGAAAGUGUAAAUUUUCUUUAAUCGUUUAUGCCAUGUUAUGAUGACACGCAUGUAGCUGUAAAAUAUUUUCACGAAUAAUUUGGUGAUAAUCAUUGGCGUUUAACCAGAAUACCCAGCAUGCCUGAUGACAUCACAUGGUGGAAUAAGGGAACAGGGAUGAUGAACACAGUGUUUGGAUCAACAGCUGCAGAAAUCUCUGUAAUCCGAACUAGAGAGAGGGGCCGCAGGCAGGAGACCUAGGCCGAGGUGGAGCUGUGUUUCUGGGCAGAAGACAGACAGACCCACGGUGGAAUGAUUCGUCUUGUACCUCCAGAGAGUGCUUGAAUGAGCCUGAGGUUGUACGAUUAGAUCUCGGGUACCUGCUUGUGCAAGAGUAUGUUCGAAAUGAUGUGGGUUGAGAGUUUUUUCUUUUUUUAAAUACUUUAAUUUCUCACUCAUCCAUGUUGGAACAUGCAGGAUGCAUUUCAGUGGCUGGAGUAGAGUGGUCUUUCAGUUUGUUUAUUUGCCAUCAGUGCUUGGCCGUGUAUUUUCUCUUCUUCCCUCAGGGGAAUAAAAAACUAAAUGUGGCACUUGUUAGAAUUCACAAUCAGAAUGAAAUUGUUGUAUUGUUCAUGUUGUAUAUGGCCUGUGUUUCUGGAAUCGUCUUGUACACAAUUUGUUUUUUUCUUCACCACAGCUCGUGCCUGGCCAAGUUGAGCUGCUGGUCUCAGCGUGUCUGUAGUUUAGGGGUGGCAUCUCUGUUGCUUCUGACUGUAUCUGUCCUGUAACUGACAAAUGUGUUUGUGGUGUCAUGGCUGAUCUUCUGCAGGUCUGUGUGGAUGGAAAAACGCAUGUAAAUGCCAUGCAUGAAGUGCUCAUUCACGUUUCACAGUUCAAAUAAUGUUGGAUUCACAUGCAUCAAGCAUUGAAUAAAUCAUUUAUUUGAAAAAACAA